AUGGCGUACGCAGAAACGUCGAGAAAGAAACAAAACAAAAAUUCUAAAGCAAACUCCUCGAUCAAUUCCUUGGAUAAACCGCUAAGAGAUCUUUCUCUGGGACCUCGAAACCCCUCAAAAGAAGGGAAAUCUUUAGUUCAGCGGGAACGAAGUCCGGUGGCUGGCAAUAGAUAUUCGAGGUAUUCUGGAAGUUCAGCUUUAGCAAAGACUAAAAUUUCUACUGCUGAAAAGUCACCGAAUGUGAGCGCAGGACGAGGAGGGUCUUCGCAGCCACAAGUCGGAGGUAAGCAGCUAAGUUCUCAAAAAGCUGUGGUUCCAAAAUCGAAGGGAAUAUUAGCACCGAAAGGUUAUACCAUGCGACCUAUUAUCCCAGCGGCCAAAGCAGAGCUGUUGCCUGUGGCCCGAGCGAUGCAUGGCGACGACUUUGCACCGAGAGUCAAGAAGCUCUUUGAUCCCGAACGCGAAGCGGCCAUAGACGCCAUUCAGUCUGGGGUGUAUAUCGGAUGGCGCUGUCCCGAGUUUAAACAUGAUUGCAUCCGGGUAUGUAAGAGUUCGAAAUGUUUUUGUGGUCAUUUAUUGAACCAACAUGCCCAAUACACGGGGAAGAGUGUCAUGGUCCCUUGUACCGCCCCGCGAUGUGAGUGUAAGGCGUUCGCAUUUAUCCCGUCCCGUCCCGAGGAGGCGGGUGAAUUCUGGCUUCAGCGCCGUCCGGGUUAUGACCCAAGCACGUGGCGGGCUAAGUGCAAAUGUAAACACACCCACGAGGAGCACCACCCCACGGGGCUCAGGAGAUGCAAAGUCAAGGGGUGCGGAUGCUCCAAAUUUUUCUCGAAUUUUCUGUGUGCUGCAUGUGACAGGCAUUGGGAAGAACAUGAAACAUCAUUUGAAACAACAGCCAUGAGAAAGGACAUAGGUUUGCCUUAUGGUGAGGCAUACCUCCCAUUUCACGAGUUUCCUGAAUUACGGAAUGUGGUAUUGACCGGAAGAGAAGAUGAUGACAGUCAAUAUCAUGCACUCACUUCUGGUCCUCAUGCAAUACCAGAUAAUUCACCUACGGAUCUUGCCCUCAGACUGAGAGGUGCCAAUCCACAACAUAACCCCUCCAUAUGGUAA